AUGUCGGAGGAACCGACCCCGGGCCCCAAGGAGAUCCCGCCUGCCCCGCAGGCCGGCCCCCGCGAGGUGUGGAAGAAGGGCGGCCGCCUGCUCUCGGUGCUGCUGGCGGUGAACGUGCUGCUGCUCGCCUGCACGCUCAUCAGUGGAGGUGCCUUCAACAAGGUGGCUGUGUACGACACCGACGUGUUUGCACUGCUCACCACCAUGAUGCUGCUGACCGUCCUCUGGAUCCUCUUCUACCUCCUCCGCACUGUGCGUUGCCCUGACGCUGUGCCCUACCGGGACACGCAUGCUGGCCCCAUCUGGCUCCGAGGUGGCCUGGUGCUGUUUGGAAUCUGCACUCUUGUCAUGGAUGUCUUCAAGACUGGCUACUACUCCAGUUUCUUUGAGUGCCAGUCAGCCAUCAAGAUCCUGCACCCCCUCAUCCAGGCUGUGUUUGUCAUUGUCCAGACUUACUUCCUCUGGGUCUCUGCUAAAGACUGCAUUCAUGUCCACCUGGAUCUGACUCGGUGUGGGCUCAUGUUCACUCUUACCACCAACCUGGCCAUCUGGAUGGCAGCCGUGGUGGACGAGUCUGUGCACCAGGCUCACUCCUACAGCAGUGCUCACGGCAACAGCAACACCAGCCACGCCCGCCUCACCCCUGACCCUGAGCGUGCAGGCAGCGCCGUCGGAGGAGACCCCUGCCCCUGCGACACAACCAUCUGCCAGAUCUUCCAGCAGGGGUACUUCUACCUGUACCCCUUCAACAUCGAGUACAGUCUCUUCGCCUCCACCAUGCUCUACGUCAUGUGGAAGAACGUGGGCCGGCUGCUGGCCUCCCCCCAUGGCCACGGACAUAUCCCCUCCCAGGUCAGCCUAUUCCGAGAAACGUUUUUCGCUGGCCCCAUGCUGGGCCUGGUGCUCUUCGUGGUGGGGCUGGCUGUCUUCAUCAUCUACGAGGUCCAAGUGAGUGGAGAGGGCGGCCGCACCCAGCAGGCCCUGGUCACCUACUACAGCUUCAACAUCAUCUGUCUGGGGCUCAUGACUUUGGUCAGCCUGAGCGGCUCCGUCAUCUACCGUUUUGACCGCCGGGUCAUGGACCACCAUAAGAACCCCACACGCACGCUGGACGUGGCCCUGCUGAUGGGCGCCGCCCUGGGUCAGUACGCCAUUUCCUACUACUCCAUUGUGGCCGUGGUGGUGGGCACGCCCAGAGACCUGCUGGGGGCACUGAACCUGGCCCAUGCUCUGCUCAUGAUUGCCCAGCACACCUUCCAGAAUGUGUUCAUCAUCGAGAGCCUCCACCGGGGACCACCUGGGGCUGAGCCUCAGGAAACCCUCCCCAAAGAGCCCUGCCAAGGCCUUACCUUUGCGAACCUGGAUGCCCUCCACUCCUUGCCUGCCUGCCCACCCACCCCCAGGCUGGUCAGCCCCAGCCCAGAUGGACCUCAGGAAGCAGGGGCCAUCAUCUUGGCCCCUCGGGGCCACUGGAGACGCCGGUGCCUAAAAGACAUCUCUCUGUUUCUCCUGCUCUGCAAUGUCAUUCUGUGGAUCAUGCCAGCCUUCGGGGCCCGCCCUCACUUCAGCAAUACCGUGGAGGUGGACUUCUAUGGCUACUCUCUCUGGGCGGCCAUCGUCAACAUCUGCCUGCCUUUUGGGAUCUUCUACCGCAUGCAUGCUGUCUCCAGUCUGCUGGAGGUCUACGUGCUGUCCUGAAGCCUGGGACAGAGACUUGGGGGAUGGGGAUCAGCUCAUGUGUCCAGAGCUCCUCUGGAAUCAACUCUAGGGUGGGAGUCAUAGUCACCAGACCCCUCUGGCUCCAGA